AUGGAGGAGAGCGGAGGAGCAGGAGGAGAGGUGGAGGAGAAGCAGGUGUUGGUGGAGGAGAGGGGUGUCUCUCCUGGAGGUUCCCCAGGGACGGAGGAGGGUUCCCCAGCCGUGGUCCGGCCCCGUGACCCCCCAACCUCCACCCUGCAGGACUCAGGGCCUCGGAAGAGCAGCUCCUCCCGCUCCUCCAGGAAGAGCUUCCGUCUGGACUACCGGUUGGAGGAGGAGGUGACUGGGUCGAGCCGGGACAAACAUGGCCGCUUCACUAACCCCUGGUCCACGUGGAAGUUCCCGUCCUGGUCCACCCUGCUGCGCUUCUUCCUGCUGGAGAAGGAUCACAGCAAUGUACCCAGCUCUAAAGAGGUCUUAGACAAAGAGCUCCCAGUAGUGGAGCCUUGGUUCCUCCGUGUCCCUGAGGCAGCAGACGGAGCCGUGGGGUCUGGUCUCAGGGUGACCUGGCUGGGCCACGCAUCAGUCCUGGUAGAGAUGGACGGCCUGGUCAUCCUCACUGACCCCAUCUUCAGCCAGAGGGCAUCUCCCUUCCAGUUCAUGGGCCCCAAGAGGUACCGGGAUCCCCCUUGUACGGUUGAUCCUCCCCGGAUCGACGCGGUUGUCAUCAGCCACUCCCACUACGACCAUCUGGACGCGGGCACCGUGACCCAGUUGAACGAGCGGUUCGGUGGGGAUCUCCGAUGGUUUGUGCCGUUGGGACUCAUGGACUGGAUGCAGAAGAGCGGGUGUGAGAAUGUGAUAGAGUUAGACUGGUGGGAGGAGAACUGUGUGCCAGGUCACGACGAGGUCACGUUUGUGUGUACGCCGGCGCAGCACUGGUGCAAGCGCACCCCCACGGACGAUAACCAGGUGCUGUGGGGGAGCUGGUCUGUGCUGGGGCCCUGCAACCGCUUCUUCUUUGCUGGAGACACCGGCUACUGCUCGUCCUUCCAGGAGAUUGGGAGGCGCUUUGGUCCGUUCGACUUGGCGGCCAUACCCAUCGGCGCGUACCUGCCCAGGUAUGAACUAGUGUAGAGCUGUCCUGCCCAGGUAUGAACUAGUGUAGAGCUGGCCUGCCCAGGUAUGAACUAGUGUAGAGCUGUCCUGCCCAGGUAUGGAACGAGUGUAGAGCUGUCCUGCCCAGGUAUGAAACUAGUGUAGAGCUGUCCUGCCCAGGUAUGAACUAGUGUAGAGCUGUCCUGCCCAGGUAUGAACUAGUGUAGAGCUGUCCUGCCCAGGUAUGGAACUAGUGUAGAGCUGUCCUGCCCAGGUAUGGAACGAGUGUACAGCUGUCCUGCCCAGGUAUGAAACUAGUGUAGAGCUGUCCUGCCCAGGUAUGAAACUAGUGUAGAGCUGUC